AUGGCAACCGACAUGGUGGAUGAUCGGGAGAUGAGGGAGGCUCAGCGAGAUUAUCUGGACUUUUUGGACGAUGAUCAAGACCAGGGAAUUUACCAGAACAAAGUCCGGAAUAUGAUCAGCGACAACAAAUCUCGACUAAUCGUCAACGUUAACGACUUAAGGCGACGCAACGAGACACGGGCUUCAAAGUUGAUGAGCAAUGCCUUUGAAGAGCUGCUGGCUUUUCAGCGCGCUCUUAAAGACGUGGUGGCAUCCGUGGACGCCACGUACGCCAAGCAGUACGAGGAGUUCUUCAUUGGCCUGGAGGGAAGCUUCGGCACCAAACACGUCACCCCUCGAACUUUGACCUCGCGCCUGCUGAGCAGCAUGGUGUGUGUGGAGGGCAUUAUCACAAAGUGUUCUUUGGUGCGCCCCAAAGUAGUGCGCAGCGUUCAUUACUGUCCGACCACAAAAAAGACCAUGGAAAGGAAAUACACGGACAUGACAUCUCUGGACGCCUUCCCCUCCAGUGCCAUCUAUCCCACCAAGGAUGAGGAGAACAACCCUCUGGAGACGGAGUUCGGUCUGUCUAUUUACAAAGACCAUCAGACCAUCACAGUGCAGGAGAUGCCCGAGAAGGCACCUGCCGGUCAGCUGCCUCGCUCCGUGGACAUCAUCCUGGACAACGACCUGGUGGACGUGGUCAAACCCGGGGACAGAGUGCAAGUGGUUGGUACAUACCGCUGUCUGCCGGGAAAGAAAGGAGGAUUCACAUCUGGCACGUUCAGAACCAUCCUGAUCGCCUGCAACGUCAAGCAAAUGAGCAAGGAGGUGUCGCCCAAUUUCUCUAGCGGCGACGUGGCCAAAAUCCGCAACUUCAGCCAGUCCCGCUCCAUAGAUGUGUUCGAUCAACUGGCUCGCUCCCUGGCUCCGAGCAUACACGGUCACGAGUACAUAAAGAAGGCCAUCCUCUGCAUGCUGCUCGGAGGUGUGGAGAAAGUGCUGGAAAACGGCUCCCGCAUCAGGGGCGACAUCAACGUCCUGCUCAUCGGUGAUCCAUCAGUUACUAAGUCCCAGCUGCUGCGUUACGUGCUUCACACAGCACCCAGAGCCAUUGCCACCACUGGACGAGGCUCCUCUGGUGUGGGUCUGACGGCUGCUGUGACCACUGACCAAGAGACUGGUGAGCGACGUCUGGAGCCUGGUGCCAUGGUUUUGGCCGACCGCGGCGUUGUGUGCAUCGACGUGUUCGACAAAAUGUCCGACAUGGACCGCACGGCCAUCCACGAGGUGAUGGAGCAGGGCCGCGUCACCAUCGCCAAGGCGGGCAUCCACGCGCGCCUCAAUGCUCGUUGUUCUGUGCUAGCGGCGGCUAACCCCGUGUACGGCAGAUACGACCAGUACAAAACGCCGAUGGAGAACAUUGGCCUCCAGGAUUCGCUGCUGUCUCGUUUCGACCUCCUCUUCAUUGUGCUGGAUCAGAUGGAUCCCGAAAUGGACCGCGAGAUCUCCGACCACGUGCUGAGGAUGCACCGCUACCGUGACUCACGCGAGCAGGAGGGUGCAGCGAUGACUUUGGGAGGCACUGUAGAUGUACUUGCUACGGAUGAUCCAGACGCCAUAGUAGAGGAAGAAGAGGAGCUACAGGUCUAUGAGAAGCACAACAACUUACUGCAUGGAAGCAAGAGAAAGAGGGACAAGGUUGUGAGCAAGGAGUUCAUGAGGAAGUACAUCCACAUUGCCAAGUCUGUUACGCCUGUGCUGACUGAGGAGGCAGCCAAUCACAUCGCAGAGGAGUACUCCAGACUGAGGAGCCAGGAGCAGCUGGCCGCUGACAUUGCCAGGACUUCGCCCGUAACGGCUCGAACUCUGGAGACUAUGAUCCGCUUGUCCACCGCUCACGCCAAGUCCCGCAUGAGCAAAGUCGUGGAGAUGCAGGACUCCGAAGUGGCAGUGGAGCUCGUUCAGUUCGCCUACUUUAAAAAGGUACUGGAAAAGGAGAAAAAGCGUUCGCGAAAGCAGCGCGACUCUGAAUCGGAGGAGGACGAGGAGGUGUCCACGCAGCGCUCGCAGAGAGCCACGAAGAAGAGAGGGAGCCGUGGCUCUCAGGGCGGCGAACCAUACAGCCCAUAUGACUUCAGUGAAAACCAAGAUGUUCCUGACAUUCAGGCUGGAACUCCUAAACCAGCCAAGGUGUCACAAGAGGAGGAGGAGCCCAUGGACACAUCAUCACAGUCUGGAGACGCUGAGCUCUCUGCAGACAGGUUGAAGGAGUUCAAGUCGUCCCUGUUCGCCGUGUUCCAGUCGGCUCACGCCCAGUCCGUGAAGAUGGCGGCGCUCAUGGACGGCGUCAACAAAGGGAGGGAGAAGCGCUUCUCCGAGGCGGAGGUGCGCGCUGCGUUGGCUCGCAUGCAGGACGACAACCAAGUCAUGGUGGCGGAUGACAUCAUCUUCCUCAUCUGAGUAGGGAGGAAGAAAAGGGCCGCGGUCUCCGAAACUGUUUAUUCUUACUAUCAUGAUGGACUCAAAUGCACCGUAAUACGUGUUUAUACUUAUUUCACAGAUUCGUCCGGAAAAGAGGAGCAGUUUGUCAACGCUGCCGUCUGCAUUUGUAUAUAUAUUAAACCUUUUUGUAAUUGUUGAACUGUAGUUGUUGAAAAUAAAAUGUGUUUCAUUGGAGCAGA